UGUUCUUUUCUUUUAACGAAUCAGAAAAGACACAGGCACUCUCUCUCCCCCGUAGAUCUAUCUUCCUUGCCUCCUUUACUUGGAUUCUUCAGUCCUCUCAUUGCUCUAAUAAACCCUCUUUCAUGCACUCUUAUCAUCUAUCUCUCUCUCUGUAAGCACUUCUUUUGUUUUACCAUAAAACCCAAUCUUAUCAUAAACCCUAAAUCUCGGGGUUUAAAAAACAUUAUAUUACAGUUCGAUCUGCUACAAGGCUAAGUGCUCUGUUUUGAUCUCCUUCGUUUUGCGCUUUUGUGUUAGCAAAAGCGAUAUCUUUUUCGUUUCUUUUCUUUUUUUUUUUUCUUUUCAUUAAUCAUGGCUACUGCAUAUCCAGGACCUGUUCAGGUGGGGUCGUAUUUUGUAGGACAGUAUUAUCAGGUCCUUCAACAACAGCCUGAUCUUGUUCAUCAAUUCUAUGCCGAUACUAGUACUAUGAUUCGCAUUGAUGGGGAUGCAACCGAGUCCGCUUCCACAAUGCUGCAAAUACAUACUCUUGUCACAUCUCUAAACUUCACUGCCAUUGAGAUAAAGACGAUCAAUUCUCUCGAGUCUUGGAAUGGGGGUGUUCUGGUGAUGGUAUCUGGUUCUGUUAAAAACAAGGAUUUCAGUGGCAGGAGAAAAUUUGUGGAGACCUUCUUUCUGGCUCCUCAGGAGAAGGGUUAUUUUGUUCUUAACGAUAUGUUCCAGUUCCUUGAUGAAGAAAUCAUUUACCAACAACAUCCACCUCCCAUUACAUCUGAAAACAUAUACCAGCAAAAUCCAGCUCCAAUAUCAUCCGAGGACACUCAUGAAGUACAACAGAAUGCUUCUAGCCCUCUUCCAGAGCCACCAGUUUCCGACUAUGUUUUGGAGGAAGAAGCUAGGGAGUACGUGAACUCUGUUCAUAUAGAAGAUGAUUCAGUAGACAAGUAUAGUCUCCCAGAGCAGCAGCAACAAGAAUUUGAGAAUGAAAUUGUAGUUGAAGACAGUCCUGUGGAAGAGACACCUGCUUCAUUUCAAGGUGCUGUGAAUGUUGUGCAGGAUCCCCCUGCUCCUGCUUUUGAGGAACCUGUAGAAGAACCUCCAAAGAGAACUUAUGCAUCUAUAUUGCGAGCUAAGGGUCAGCCAUCGGUUGCUACCCAGCCAUCUGUCAACAAAAGUGUCCCAACUACAUCAGACUGGAAUCAUAUACCACCACCCACUGCCCAGCAAUCAGACCCUGGAUUGUCUUAUGUGCCUGAAUCUGGAUUUGAAGCAACAGAGGAAGUCUUGGGACUAGAUGAAGGUGAACCAAAAUCUGUCUAUGUGAGAAACUUGCCCUCAAAUGUUACCGCUGCAGAAAUUGAGGAGGAGUUCAAGAACUUUGGUAGAAUCAAGCCUGAUGGUGUGUUCAUCAGGAAUCGAAAGGACGUUGUUGGUGUUUGCUAUGCUUUUGUUGAGUUUGAAGACCUCACUAGUGUCCAAAAUGCAAUCCAGGCAUCUCCAAUACUGCUGGCUGGAAGGCAGGUCUAUAUUGAGGAGCGAAGACCAAACAGUGGCAUUGCUUCUCGAGGUGGAAGAAGGGGAAGAGGCAGAGGUGGUUACCCAACAGAUGCACCAAGGGGGCGCUUUGGUGGCCGUAGUGUGGGCAGGGGAACCAGUCAAGAUGGAGGUGACUACACCAGACAAAGAGGCAAUGGUUUCUACCAGCGUGGUGCACGAUAGGAAAAUCACAACAAGAAAUGAUGCGUGCAGAGACAGGAAGUACUCGGGCCUUAUUCAAAGUUUUCUGUUCUAAACAAUGAUACAAGGUUUUUGAGUUACUUAUUCCUUUAGGAACAUUUUCCCUUUUAACGUGUACUUUCUGAGGUGUGUUGUUUUACAUCGAGUGUUAGAAAUAUCUUCUUUUAAUGUGAUUUACCUCUGAUGGUAUAGUUCUAAAUGUCUGAUCCCCUUGAAUGGUUUUUAUGUGCAAUUCAAGUGGGAGAUUUUGGGUAAUGUAAGCCCCAUGUCGUGAGGGAAUGUGAUUUGCUCUGAUUUUUAUGGGUUAUAACUUGUACAAGGCUCCUUUUGACUUUA